GCUACAAAUGCGGAAACAACAAAGACUCCAAAAAAACUGCUAUUCAUUCCAAACGACAAUACCUUUAUGGCAUAUUUUCAGUAGAUAGUGUUGUUAUUUAGGAUAAGUACAUAAUUAUUCCUUUUGAACCGAGGAGUUACAUUUUCAGGCCGUGUUUUUGAGCUGUCAAGUCUUUGUUUCUCUUUGUCCUUCUUGUCAGCUGGUCGGACUUCAGUAUGGACCCUGAAGGCUCGAUGUUGGACGAGUCCGGGAGGAGGCGGAAGGUUCACGGCAUGCUGAAGCUUUACUACGGGCUAAACGAGGAAGGAAAGGCCCCGGAGCAGCCGCAGUCCCUGGAUCCCUGCGACAUCAACGGCCCGCAUUUCGACCCGGAGCUCUACCUCAACAAGCUGAGAAGAGAGUGCUCCCUGGGUGAGCUGAUGGACCAUGAGACCUGCAUGGUGAAGCAGAUCCGCUCUCUGGACAGUGACAUGCAGACUCUGGUCUAUGAAAACUACAACAAGUUCAUAUCUGCUACAGACACCAUUAGAAAAAUGAAGAAUGAUUUCAAAAAGAUGGAGGAUGAAAUGGAUUGCUUGUCUGCAAACAUGGCCGCCAUCACAGACUUUAGCGCCUCUAUCAGUGGCACCCUUCAGGACCAACACGCACAGAUCACAAAACUUUCAGGCGUCCACACUCUGCUGAGGAAGCUUCAGUUUCUGUUUGAGUUGCCUGCCAGGUUGAAUAAGUGUCUGGAGCUGCAGGCGUAUGCUCAGGCAGUGAGCUCCCACCGGCGUGCUCGCUGCGUGCUGCAGCAGUACAGCCACCUUCCCUCCUUCAAGGGGAUUCAGGACGACUGUAACGCCAUUAUGGAGAAACUGGCUCAGGAGCUUCGGCAGAAGUUCAGAGAUGGUGGGACAAGCGCCAAAGACCUGUCCGAGUGUGUGGAGCUCCUUCUGCAGCUGGACGAGCCAGCAGAGGAGCUCUGUGAGAAGUUCCUGAGCCACGCACGGUCUCGGCUGGAGCAGGACCUGCAGGGACUGGAAGCAGAGAUUAAACCCCACCUGCCGAUCCCAGCUGUCAAAGAGGCUGCUACAUGCAGGUCACCAUCCACUGCAGCUCUGGGAUCUCCGAAGGACUCUCCCAAAAUGCUCUCCCUACCUUCCCCUACCCCAAACACAGACAUUCUGGAGUUCAUAGACAGAGGCUGCAAUGAAUUUGUUAGCAGUUUAUGUUUGGUGAUCACUUCCUAUCAAGAGCUGUUCAUCAACCACGCUCAGACGGGGGAGCUAGCUUCGAAGAAUAUUCCACAGAUGGCAAAUAACAAGCUGAAGGCCUUCGUGGAUGAUCUGGCAGCUCGUUAUUUCUCGCUUGUGGAGAGGAGGAUCCAAGAGGAGAAAGGAGUCAGUGAUAAUUCCCUCCUGGUCCGUGCGCUCGACCGCUUCCACCGCAGGCUUCAGGCUGUGUCCAAACUGCUGCCAGGCUCCACCGUUCCGAACCAGGGGACAGAAAUUGUGAUAAGAGCUGCAACGGAGCGAGUGAAGCAGUACCUCACCGCGCUGCAGAGCUUCUACAUGGACAGCCUAACAGACGUCCGUCAGGCCCUGGCAACGCCUCGACUCUCUGUGGCCGCAGCCUCUGUGGCUGGAGGGGGAGCUCAUCUAGGGGGGGCGGCCUCUGGCAGAGACGCUCCAAACAGCCUCCCAGAGCUUCUCUCAUCCUUAUCGGCUUCUAUUCUAAACCAGAUUAAGUCGGUUUUGGCAUCGGUGCAUCUCUUCACCGCCAAGGACAUUACGUUCUCCAACAAGCCUUACUUCAAGGGGGAGUUUUGUAGCCAGGGUGUCCGAGAGAACCUGGUGGUGAACUUCAUCAGGUUUGUGUGCCAGUCUUCUCGACAGUUCUGUGAAAGCGCAGGAGACAAAGGAGGAUCGACUCCCCCGGCUCUUUUGCUGCUGCUGUCGCGCCUCUGCUUGGACUUCGAGACGUCCACCAUCUCCUACAUACUGACGCUUACAGAUGAACAGUUCCUCGUCCAGCACCAAAAUCCCAUAACGCCAGUUACGACGUUAUGUGGAGAAGCAAGGGAAGCAGCGCAAAAACUACUCAACCAUUACGUCAAGGUUCAGGGGCUGAUCAUCUCCCAAAUGUUAAGAAAGAGUGUUGAAACUAGAGACUGGGUCAACACCAUUGAGCCCAGAAACGUCCGAGCUGUGAUGAAGAGGGUAGUGGAGGACACCACCUCGAUCGAUGUGCAGGUGGGUCUGUUGUAUGAAGAAGGCGUGAGGAAGGCUCACAGUAGCGACUCAAGCAAAAGGACCUUUUCUGUCUACAGCAGCUCCAGGCAGCAGCCUCGUUAUGCUGCCAGCUACACUCCGAGUGCUCCCAUGGAUACCAAUCUGCUGAGCAACAUACACAAGCUGUUUUCUGAAAGGAUUGACAUCUUCAGCUCUGUGGAGUUCAACAAGGUUUCAGUGAUGACAGGAAUCAUCAAAAUCAGCCUGAAAACAUUCCUGGAGUGUGUCCGCCUGCGCACCUUUGGGCGCUAUGGCCUUCAGCAGAUCCAGGUCGACUGCCACUACCUGCAGAUGUACCUGUGGCGCUUCGUCUCGGAUGAGAACCUGGUGCACUUCCUGUUGGAUGAAAUAGUGGGAAGCUCUGCCCACCGCUGCCUGGACCCCUGUCCAAUGGAGCAGAGUGUGAUUGAAGUGAUCUGUGAAAGAGGUUAA